GUUUAAUAUUAUACAUGAAUGAUUCAAAUGUAUGAAGAUCUCAAUAUUGUCGAUUUAACUGCACAAUACUUUCCUCGUUUAUAAUAGUCAUUGUAGCUUGAGUUAUUUAAACGCAACCGACCGUCCCAACGACAAUUGGAACUGAGCGUAACGAUCCGUUGAAAAUCCCACGCAACGGAGAAGAUCGUUUCGAAAAAGUUCACGGGAUACAUCUCUUAACGCGCUUAUGGCAAUGCGCAAGUCUAAAGUAAAGAGAUCACUGCACAACAAAUCCGGUCCCUCACUAAAACGAUUGUAAGCGAACGACGGACCGUAUGGAAUCACCGCACAGAUGACGCGAGAACCAGUGGAAACAGAUUGCACUUAUUACGUACGUCUGUCCAAACCGAGACGCGUAAGUUUCGAGCCGGACAACGCGGCCCAAAAUAACACGGCUCUACAACAACGCUCGAAUGAAAUCGAUGAACGCUAAGCGUAACUUAAAGCGAUCAUCCAGUUAGCGACUGUUCCAUAGAUUAACCCCUUACGUUAUACGACCUCCGUCCGUUGAGACCACUGGCACAGCAGCUGCUCUUAUAGGCCGACAGUUUUGGGAAACGGCGACGGAAGAAACAGUCCGCUCAGAGACACAAUUCCUACCAAAAUACAUCUCAACGCCAGUAAUAAAAUCAAGAGAUCAGGAAGUCUAUUGGAAUUAGACAGCAUGUACAAUUCAUCUAGGAGCAAAGAGACGCAUUACGGCAUGCUAGAAAGAAUGUGCGCUUCGCAUUCCACACGAUUUAUAUCUAAUAAAAUUAAAUGUAGCAGAUGACCACAUACGUGCGAAUUAUUAACAUAGACAGUGAAUGACUACGCUGCGGUUUUUAAUUUCACGGCGGGACGCAAAAAGCUUGUCGAACACGAUAUCGUUCUAAGGACUAGACGCCCAUCGAGCAUUAUACCAUUCUUAGAUCUUCUGCACAAACAAGAGGCGAUAGGAAUCACAGGAAACGCAGCAUCUCAACCUGAUCGCCACUAUUUAUUCUCUCCAAGAAAAAAAAACCGCUCAAACCUCCUGUGUGACUACAGGCCGUUUGAGACACGUACCCCAUGCCCAAUUUAAACGAUACUAUUGGAAGUACGAGAUGUACUGUUAUCGCUGCCAGUGUGGCCACCCAAAAAGGUUUUAACUCAUAAGUAGCGCACAAACGCUCACAAUUUUAUUUGUAUUAUUCGUUCAUGCAAGUGUCUUUUUCGAUAAAUCAAAAGUUAUCAGAGCACGAGAAUCAAUCUGUACAUAAUAUUUAUUUAAAUUAUAUUAUUAUUUUAUUAGAAUAAAUUCAAAUUCGUCACCAGAUGCCAUUCGUGGGACCACAAAAACAUAUGUAAACUAUUAAAUUAUUUUUGACUUAUUUUUCAUUUGGUUAAUAUAUUUAAAAUUAUUUAAAAACCUAUGUACAUGGAAUUUUUCAGUAUUUUAAUAAGUAAAAUAAAUUCUAACAAUCUAUCUUACUCCAUUUCGUACAAAAAGUACACAUCAUGAAAAUUUUUUUUAUUAUUUUAUUACUAUCCAUAUUCAUAUUGUUCACGGAAACAAUAAGAAAUUAUAAAAAAAAUACUGAUAUAUGUAAAAGUAUCGUUAAAAAUGUUGGAUGGAAAGAUUUAAAUGAUGUGGAAUCUAUUGUGUAUUGGCAAACAAAUUAUAAAUUAGAAAAUCAUCUAGGAAAUAUUACAAUAGAUAAUUGUAAUAGACAUAUUCGAGUAUUGACUUUAACAUUGGUCUGUUCAUACGUAUUCGAUUUAAAAAUACUAUUUUUCAUAUUCCUAGAAUAUGGAAAACACUGUAAGAGUUUUAUUUCCAAAAAGGACUCCGAAACUGGAUAUCAAUGCGCUAUAAAGUUAUUGCAGAUUUUACAAAAAAUGCCAUCUUUAGCAACAUUGAUGAAAGACACACUUCUUGUAUUAGACUAUUUACACACAGAUCCAUGGAAAAAUUAUUUUAUUUUUGAAAAUUUAUUAUUAAAUUUAGAACAAUUUAACAAAAGUUCAAAAGACUUUAUUCCGACAAAAAAUGAUUCAACAACCACGGAAAACUUUAUAAAAUUUGUUAAUGGGUUUUUUUUUAUUAGAAAUAUUGAAACACACUAUGAGUGUUUAUCGCAUUGUAGAUUUGUAUCAUUUGAUACAGAUUUGAUCUGGAAAGAAUUGAAUGAAGAAUACCAAGGCAAAAUUAAAGAAGACAUAAAUUUGACAUUCUACGAUUAUCUAAGUGAAAAAGUCAAUUUGAAAAUUAAUUCCAUAAUCAUAAACAAAUUUCAUAGACUAGGUUUUCGGCAUGAUCGAAAAACACUACAAAUUGGUAUACCUCUACCAUCUCAGUAUAAAACUAACGAUAUAGAACUUUUUAGAAGACCUAAUUGCACUCCUGUUACAAUUCAAAGAGAACCACAAAACAGAGAAAUGGAAUAUCGUUGGAUACUACAGCUUAUAGAUUCAUUUGAUGAAGAAUUGGUUAAUGAAUCUAACACCAAUGGAAAAGUACAGCUAAUUGAUUUUCUUCGACAAGAAUUGGUUAAUGAAUCUAACACCAAUGAAGAAGAACAGCUAAUUGAUUUUCUUCGACAAGAAUUGGUUAAUGAAUCUAACACCAAUGAAGAAGUACAGCUAAUUGAUUUUCUUGGACAAGAAUUGGUUAAUGAAUCUAACACCAAUGAAGAAGUACAGUUAAUUCAUUCUCUUGAACAAGAAUUGGUUAAUGAAUCUAACACCAAUGAGGAAGUACAGCUAAUUGAUUCUCUUGGACAAGAAUUGGUUGAUGAAUCUAACUCCAAUGGAGAAGUACAGCUAAUUGAUUUUCUUGGACAAGAAUUGGUUAAUGAAUCUAACACCAAUGAAGAAGUACAGCUAAUUGAUUUUCUUGGAAAAGAAUUGGUUAAUGAAUCUAACACCAAUGAAGAAGAACAGCUAAUUGAUAUUCUUAGACAAGAAUUGGUUAAUGAAUCUAAUACAAAUGAAGAAGUACAGCUAAUUGAUUCUCUUGGACAAGAAUUGGUUAAUAAAUCUAACCACAAUGAAGAAGUACAGCUAAUUGAUUUUCUUGGACAAGAAUUGCUUAAUGAAUCUAACACCAAUGAAGGAGUACAGCUAACUGAUUUUCUUGGAAAAGAAUUGGUUAAUGAAUCUAACACCAAUGAAAAAGUACAGCUAAUAGAUUUUCUCGGACAAGAAUUGGUUAAUGAAUCUAACACCAAUGAAGAAGUACAGCUAAUUGAUUUUCUUGGAAAAGAAUUGGUUAAUGAAUCUAACUCCAAUGAAGAAGUACAGCUAAUUGAUUUUCUUGGACAAGAAUUGGUUAAUGAAUCUAACACCAAUGAAGGAGUACAGCUAAUUGAUUUUCUUGGAAAAGAAUUGGUUAAUGAAUCUAACACUAAUGAAGAAGUACAGCUGACUGAUUUACUUGGACAAGAAUUGGUUAAUGAAUCUAACACCAAUGAAGAAGUACAGCUAAUUGAUUCUCUUGGACAAGAAUUGGUUAAUGAAUCUAACACCAAUGAAGAAGGACAGCUAAUUGAUUUUCAUGGAAAAGAAUUGGUUAAUGAAUCUAACACCAAUGAUGAAGUACAGCUAAUAGAUUUUCUUGGGCAAGGACUAAAUCCUAAUGACUCAUUUAAAGAUACUCCAGAGCCGAUGGAAAUUGAUGAAGACAGGGAGAAUUAUAUCAAGUUCAUUUAGUAGACGAUUUUAUGUGUAAUCGCUUAUUUUUCAGAUAGUGUUAAAAUAAUAAUUUUUUAUUGAAUGUAAAAAUAAAACUUAUUUUUUAUGCUUU